AGGUGCCGUCCCGUCCGGCCCCGUCCCACCGCAUGCCCACCAUCCAUGAGCUCCACACAGUUCAACAAGGGCCCCUCGUACGGGCUGUCGGCUGAGGUCAAGAACCGGCUCCUGUCCAAAUAUGACCCCCAGAAGGAGGCAGAGCUCCGCAGCUGGAUCGAGGGACUCACCGGCCUCUCCAUCGGCCCCAACUUCCAGAAGGGCCUGAAAGACGGAACUAUCUUAUGCACACUCAUGAACAAGCUACAGCCGGGCUCCGUCCCCAAGAUCAACCGCUCCAUGCAGAACUGGCACCAGCUUGAAAACCUGUCCAACUUCAUCAAGGCCAUGGCCAGCUACGGCAUGAACCCUGUGGACCUCUUCGAGGCCAACGACCUGUUUGAGAGUGGGAACAUGACGCAGGUGCAGGUGUCUCUUCUCGCCCUGGCGGGGAAGGCCAAGACUAAGGGGCUGCAGAGUGGGGUGGACAUCGGCGUAAAGUACUCGGAGAAGCAGGAGCGGAAUUUCAACGACGCCACCAUGAAGGCCGGCCAGUGCGUCAUCGGGCUGCAGAUGGGCACCAACAAAUGCACCAGCCAGUCGGACAUGACCACGCAUGGCACGAGGAGGCAUCUCUAUGACCCCAAGAACCAUAUCCUGCUGCCCAUGGACCACUCGACCAUCAGCCUCCAGAUGGGCACGAACAAGUGUGCCAGCCAGGUGGGCAUGACGGCUCCCGGGACACGGCGGCACAUCUAUGACACCAAGCUAGGAACCGACAAGUGUGACAACUCCUCCAUGUCCCUGCAGAUGGGCUACACGCAGGGCGCCAACCAGAGCGCCCAGGUCUUCGGCCUGGGCCGGCAGAUAUAUGACCCCAAGUAGUGCCUGGAAGGCACAGUGGCCAACGGGGCUCCCUCGGGCACCGGCGACUGGCUGGACCUG